UGAAGUAGCCCCACACGUUGUACUGCCUUGUUUUUCACACUGAGAUCCUUUCUCCAAGUUGGAAUUUGAGAGCAGAUCUGAAUUUUGAUAUCUACGUACGGACGUGAUGCUCAGUGAACAAGGAUCAUCACCUCUCGGUAGCCAAACGACCGUGAUUCCGUCGUUUGGUUUCACACAAGAACAAGUGGCGUGUGUUUGUGAAGUUCUUCAGCAAAGUGGUAACAUCGAACGGCUCGCUCGAUUUCUUUGGUCAUUACCGGCCUGUGAACAUUUGCACAAAAAUGAAAGUGUCAUCAAAGCUAAAGCGGUUGUAUCGUUUCACCGAGGGAACUUUCGAGAAUUGUACAAGCUUUUGGAGACCAACAACUUUUCCCCACAUAAUCAUCCAAAACUACAGGCCUUGUGGUUGAAGGCACACUACCUCGAGGCGGAAAAACUGCGUGGACGACCUCUCGGUGCAGUUGGAAAGUACAGGGUUCGGAGGAAAUUUCCACUGCCUCGGACUAUCUGGGAUGGAGAAGAGACAAGUUAUUGUUUUAAGGAAAAGUCACGGAACGUUCUCAGGGAGUGGUAUGCCCAUAACCCGUAUCCGUCGCCGCGGGAAAAGCGGGAGCUUGCAGAGGGAACUGGACUGACAACGACCCAAGUCAGCAACUGGUUUAAAAAUAGAAGACAAAGGGACCGAGCAGCUGAACAAAAAGACAGAGAUGGGACUGGAACAGGCGGACUGGCUUCGGCCGCAGCGGAGCUCGACAAGGCAAUGAUGGAAGAUGAUAGUUCUGACUGCGGAGAUGGGCAGACCCACAUUGACGAAAUUGCUUCCGAAACAUUGUUCUCUGAUCUGCAGAAAACACAACAAAAUAUGAUACAGAUUAUGCAACAAAGUGGGAGUCCUCCCAAUAUGAGCCACCACAAUGGAACGACUGACGUGACGGGGAUGCUGUCGGAUUACCACGCCUUGUGACGGUGGUUGGAGACCUCGGUCACGGGCCCACCUCCUUCUGCGGGGAGCCAAGCUACAGCUAAGGGCCAGCCAGUGGAAGCUACCGUCACGGGUGCUGGCUCAUCGAGGCAGCUUAGCUUGGAUGGCUCUGUUUGUUCAUCUGAAAAGGGUGGUGAUUGAGGUUUAUGACUUUUGACUGACUAAUCAAAUACUUUUGAACUGCUGAUAAAGUGCAAUAUGAGAGGCUGUUUUUACAGCCUUUUGAUUUAUUUACUUGGAUUGAAUGCCGAUGAACAUUGAUGACCGUUUAUGCUUGGUUAAUCUGAUGACCACCGACCUGAUCAAAUAGGUAUCAUGGUGUUAAAACAUUUCCAAGAACUAGGAGAAUCAUUAACUAUUCGAAGUAGGCAUUUAUGAACCCGGUUCAACUUACUGUACAUGAAAAUGUUUUCAUCCUUCCCAUUAGGUAGGCUUGGUAGCAUGCUGCACUGAAAAGUAUCGUAAAAACAAAGUCACCGGUAUCAAAUGUAUUCGUCUUGAAUCUUCGAUAGUGAAUACUCUUUGUACCUGCUUAUACUUAAAUUCGGUUAAAUGAUGUUCAUUAUUGGUAUGAUCACAUAUCGAUUCAUCGAAUUGGUUUCCAUCUGAAGCCAAUUUGUUGGUUACGAAUAGGCACACUGAAUGAAGUGAAGGGUCAGAAUCAGUCGCCUUCACAAUGAUUUUGAAACAUAUUGCUUCAAAAAGAAGAAAGAACACACUAAGCAACAAACAUGCAGUCAUAACCCCCUCCUCUCAAGCCGGACACACAUCAUAACAGCGUUGUAAGGGUCGUAAGAUACAAUUACCCAAGCCAGUAGAACAUCCUGUGCCCUAUUCUCUGGUAAAAAAAACCCAACAUAUUCGAUAAUCAAAGCAAUCUUAUCGGUACUCGCGUGUCUCGCCCGUCUCAUGUGUAAAUAGUUCAAAUUAUAAACCUAUAUUGUAUAAAAUGAAUGUACACCUCAUAUAACUCCUGUGACCAGAUCAAGAGAUAAGAUGCACCGAAUUGACUGUAGAGUUACUAUAACACAGCCAGAGAAUUUGUUUUCAUAUGGGAGUGACUGUGAGAAAAAAGUACUUCUACACGUAAAGUAGGCUUAUUGAUUUCAACCAAGAAUAUCGACAAAUAUGGACAUAGUCAAAUGUAUGGUAAUGCUAAAUCAGCGACCAAUUGACUGUCUUUCUUCUGCUGCUUCAGUUGUUUCAACAAUCGCAUUAUGAUACCUUGUUGGGGACAAUGUUGCACAUUUAGGUAGGCUUCUGAUGACAAACAGCACUGCGUGUUUAUGCGGUGGAGGUAUGAUGUCGGCCAAACAUUUCAUCACUUGUCACUCAAGAACACGGUUUAGACUCACCGGCCAGUGUCCAACUCUUGCUGGAUUGACCAUAUAUAUCCUGAUGAGAGACGUGCUUCUAACAGAGAUGCGUUAUAGUAUCCAUCAAUUUUAACAAUCAAUUGAACUUUUUGCAUACCGGUUCCUGUCUGUAAGUAUUGUGCAGUGUCCAAAACUCGCUUACGCUAAGAGCCUACGUAUAUACUCCUCUCAUAAUCUUUGUUUUGCAGAAAGUAUAAUGGCAAUGCAGGCUGACCGCCUUCACUGCGAUGUCCAGGAACAAAACAUACCUACUUAAAAUAAGUAAGCUCCCCUAUGAGAUCAGUGGUAAUAUUUUCUAAUGUAAGCAUGGCAAUGCGAUGACAGUUGCAGAUGAUAGUUUUCAUUCGAUUGUUAGUAUCGUUCAUGCGUGACAAUAGCUAUGCCCCUGUCCUUUUCACCAUUGAGCCUCGGAAUAGUUAUGAUAUCCUAUAAUUAUCAUCCCAUUGCAAUGAACACUUUAGAAAAUAUUACCAAUGAUUUAGGGGGCUAGUUACUUUGAUAUGAUGUUUACAAUCGUGCAAAGUGCUUUUCAUCGUUCUGACCAAAGGUACUUAGUUGAACGCUGAUUAUUUUCGGUUAAUCCAUGCUGAAGAAACAGAGUAUAACUCUGUCACGGUGUCAACUGAAGAUGGCUGCCCAGGGCUGUGUAACAAUACUAUUAGUGCACACUAUUUAGUGACACGAGGUCAGCCAAGAACCUAUGGCCAGAUCUAUUUGAAAAAACACAUUCGUUCCAGUGUUUCCUUCAAUACCGCUGAUAUCCUUGGGUACAGGGAACCGUCGCAUAAUACAAAAUGGACUACAAGCAUGAUAGUAUUGUAUCAUUUGAGGUAUUAACUGCCAACCAAUGUUACUUGCGAUAGCUGUCUUGACUGUAUAAGAAAUGUUUGAUACAAAGUAAGAAAAGUUGUUUUUUUAAUUCAUGUCUGUUUCUGAUAACCGAAUUAGUUUGACAAAAUAUGGAACAUAAUGAAGAAGCCAUAGUACACCACUCAUCCAGAUAUGUCAUUUAUGCGUUUCGUUAAGUUGAUUGUCUAUAUAGCACGUAUUAACAAGCGUUCGAUGAAACACUUCUCAUGGGUUUAAACGAAUUGACAUUGACAAUUGACAAUGACAUUUCAAAAGGCAGGUCUCGUCUUUCUGUAUGUUUCUGAAUUGACGUCAAUUGUCAAAAUACUUUAGAGUGCUAAUUAAAGCCAUUUAUGUGCAUUGUGUGUAUUUCGCAACAAAUUUCGCUCUUAGGGUGAAUUGUUAUUAAUGUAUUUUUAACGGAAUUUGGAUCAUUGUAAUAUUUUUGAGGGCAGUACAUUUGUUUGGCAAUUGAUAGAAAAUAUACGUAUUUUCUAUAAAAAAGACACCUAUUUGCCAAUUAAAAUUUACCAAGGUGAUAAUUAGAAAAAUGCUUUAUGUACGGCCCGGCCGAGAGACAUUAUAAUCGGAUACCAUUUGAUGUUGAACUUUCUUGCACUCGUUCGUUUUCAACUUUCGAGAAACCUAAACUGUGUUUUCGCUCUCUUUUACAAGGUCUGAUCAUUGGCCAUAGUUAAACUAUAACAUCAUUGUGAGCAUUUGUUUCAGUCGUCUAGUUGUGAUCAUUGGUUUCAGUUUUGAAGUGCACAGAAAGGGUUAGACACUUUGCUUGCAUAUAGAUUAUUUCAGGAAAUUCAUAUCAGCCGGCACGCAGUUUCAUGUUCGGAGGAAUACAUUCACAUUGAAUAAUACUUCCGUCUCACGGCCGGUGCCUACAUGUACAAUGAUAAUCAUUGCUGAAUAUCAAAACUAUUUCAAAAUCAGAAUUUUAUGACCAAAGGUCUAUCGUUUGAGUGAAUGGAAUGGAUUGAUCAAGAUAUGGUGCUUGAUUUAGCUGAACAAUUGUCAUAAUCUAUCAAUUAUCCAACCAAUAAAUUGCCAUUUUAAUAUUGAA